GCUGCCCCGGGCCAUGAUCGCCGUGUCCAUCCCCGCGGCGGAGCCGCCGCCGGCUGCGCGCAGCCCCGAGCGGGCGCACACGGUGUUCCGGGUGGAGGUGCUGUGCAAUGGCCGGCGGCACACAGUGAUCAAGCGCUACAGUGAGUUCCAGGCACUGCACAAGCAGAUCAAGAAGACCUGCAAGGUCCCUGACUUCCCCCCACGCCGUGGCCCCAACUGGAUGCCCAAAGUGCUGGAGCAGCGCCGGCAGGGCCUGGAGGUCUACCUGCGGGGUGUGCUGUACCACAACAAGGAGCUGCCCCAGGAUGUCCUGGACUUCCUGAAGGUGCGGCGGUGCCAGCAGAACCCCAAGGCCAGCAGCCCCUCCAGCACCAGGCUCCUGCCCUCCCAGCGCCCCGUUGUCGGCUUCUGCUCAGAUCCCUAUGUGCGGCCACGCAGCACUGACCUGCUCCCCAACACCAUCGUCAGUGGGGUCCUGCAGGGCCUCUACUUCCCCCUGAGCUGUGUCCCUGGCCAGGCAGCACCCCGAGCCUCUGGAAUGAUGAGCUCCCAGACACCCACCCAGCACCCAGGGGUGCAGUGGUGAGGAGAGAAUCCUCCCUGCUGCGCUGGGGCAAGGAAAUGGUGGGAGAACCCAAGGGGACAGGGGGAGAAGCCAAAGGGAUGUUGGGAACUGCUCUCCCACCACCACGCCAGGUGCCUUUGUUGGCAGAGCAGGAGCUCUGCCUUCCCCCCUGCUGUCUUGGGCUUGCAGUAUGAGCCUUUGGAUGCUGAAUGGUGCUGGAAAACCUCUCUGCAUCCAGGCUUUGGUGCAAUAAAUCUCCUGGACUUGA